CCUUACUUGUAAAUUCUUCAAACUUCCCUCAUCGUAUGGAGUCAGAUGUUGUUCCUGGAUCAGCCAAAAAUGAUGAUAAUAAACGGGGCAAAACUCCAAGGAUGGAUCUGUCAUCGGAAAGGUUUAGAUGGAGUUUUGAAGAUCCAAUGUACAGUUAUUUGCAAAACCAGAAGAUGAAAGACAAGUCUGACAGGCGAGUGUCAUUGAACAGAUACCUGAAUAUAUUAGUUUCUUUACUGGAAUCAAGUAAAACUGAUAUGAAUAGUCCCACAAAUAGAAAAAAAAAUAGCUCAAUUGAAGGCCAUUCUUGCAUCGUCCAGUACCAGUUCAUCAUCUGACAGCGAUAGUGAACACCAUCGAAAGAAGAGGAAACGGAAACAUAAACUAAAGAAACGGAAAAAGACACAACAUUGUUAUGAUAAUGACAGUGAUAAUGAUAACACUUACAAACAUUAUAAACAUAAAAAGAUCAGAAUUUCAACUUCAACUAGUGACUCUUGUUCAGAUGAAAGACAUCCAGAUGUAGAAAAUUACAAGCACAGAAAACAUAAGAAGUCAAAAGAAAGAGAAAAAAAUAAUGAGUGAAAGAAAAGAGGAUGUUUAUACUAGUGAUACUGAUGUUGGCUUGUGUUGUUUCAUAUAUAUUUGAUAUAUUGUUUGUUGUUAUAGAACAUGACAAAUUGAUGAUUGAGAGAUAAAUUUUGCAUCUUAAAUAUACAUAAUAUGAAGUUACAACAGUUAAAGUGUAACAUUCAAAAUGCCUCAGUUUCUUGUUUUUAUGAGAUGUUGUGAUACUCUCUGAACUCCAUAUAUGGGUAAUAAACAAAAGAAUUGGGUUUAAAGUUCUUUAAAUGUUGUAAACAAUAUUAUGAUUCUACACAGCCAAGCACCAAUAUGCUCCAAAUUAAACAAAUUAAAUUGAUUUAAACACACCGGUAAGUGGUGCUUUGUCUUCAAUAACUUUUUAAAACAAUUUUUCUUAAGAAUUUUAACUAAUGCAUAAGACAGUUUUUCAUUCUGCGUAUGGCAAUGUGAAAUACAUCAGAAUUGCUUUAUUUAAUAAGCCUGUGUUCUUGGACAAAAAUUUGAUGUCUACUGUAUUUAUGUACAUUGUUAUGCUUCACAAAACGUAGAAUUUUGUCACCGAUUUCAACGUAUUCAAGAAAUUAUUCUUAAAUCUUAAGAUAUCUACAUAAACUGCAAGAAAAACUGUCCUAUGCACUAAAAACUUUGGCAAAUGUAUUUCAAUUCCUUGAGGUAUUUGCAAAAAUAAAGUUCUCAACGGUG